AUGAGCGACUAACGCAGAUUAAGCAAGAAAAUAACAAGAGGUUUUAGCCAACAAGACAUAAAUAUUGCCAAUUAAACUUAACCAUCAUCCAUGGAGGGUAAACAAAUUACUGGAAAUCUGAGUUAAAGGUCUUAAAAUGAAACUUAUGACAGAAAUCUAACGUAUGUGCAAAGGCUAAUGGUUAGAUUAGACUUGCCCGAAUUAAACGAUAAUCAAUAAUUUAUCAAAAUUAAAAAUGCAAUAUCUAACUUCUACUCCUCUGCAGAAUGUCAUAAUCAUUAGUCAUAUAUCAGCAUUUUCUAUAAAUCCCUUGUAAACAUGAUUUUGCAUUGGAGUAGGGUAAAUGAAUAUAACUUAAAAGUUAAGAACUUAAACAAAAUUUAUCAAUGGUUUGAACUAAAAAGAAGGAAAAUGAUGGGAUUACCCUAGAAUGACACAAAAAUAUCACCUGGCAAAGGGGAUUUAAUAUCAGAUAUGGAUUCUAAUUUGAGAGCUUCAUAAAAUUUUCAAUCGUUAAUCGUUGAAGAUAUUGAUUAAAUGGUAAAAUCAGGCAGCCAGUCAGUAUUUAGGCAGAGUAUGAGUCCCAAUACUUUAUUAAUGUCUCCAAUGAUAGGCAACUAAUCUCUGAGUGAUUUUGACAAAUAUAUACUUACAACAAAAAAAUCGAAGAUAAAGUUCGAUGUCGAUGCUAGAACUCAGGACAACAGUGUAAAACCAGCUAAAGACAGGAUAUUUGAAUUUAAAAGGAGGCAACUAGUUAGAUAAGAUUCAAUGGUCAGCGGUUAAACAUAAAAUAGCAAAAUUAAUCCUGUGCGAGUUUUAUCGAUAAAUGACAGAUCAAGUGUAACGAACAUUGCAAAUAAUGUAACCAGGCCUGAUACGGCUGCUACCAUUAAUGUAGGGAAUAGACUAUCAAUGACAAGCUCCUUGCUAAGGCCUGGUACUACUCAAACAGCAAAUAAAAUGAUGACUAGUGGGAAUUUUUCAGCUGCCUCUUUCAUGUCACCUGGCCACUCAGCUCAAUCAUUUUUCAGUCCAUAAAACUUCAAAAGUGAUUUAAAUAAUGCUGCAAGUAAUAAUGAUAGAAACUCUAUGAUAGAUACUUAAACAGUCCUCCAAUCAUCUAUUAGACCAUAAACAUAGUAAAAUUAUACUUUCAAAAAUGUGAAGUUCUAAGACUAUAGUAUUUCUCAGAAACAAUUGAGUUACUUACCCAUCGACUUUACUAUUGAGAGUAAAAGCAGAGGUUAAGAUUUCUAGAACCUAGAUUCUAUUUCGAAUUUCUACACAGUAGGACCUUCAUCUACAGAAGAUGAUUUGAGAUUGACCAAGUAUUGGUUUGCAAAUGCAAAUAAACAACUCUAAGAAAAAAGAGCUGAUGAGGAAAAAUAAGUUAUUCUGAAGGAAUGGAGUGUAGCUAAGUAGAGAAUAUAGCAGGAGAUAUCAAGCAAACAAGAAAGAAUGAGACUUAUAUCUGAUCCAACUAAGCUAGCAGUCAUGAAAUCAACUAUAAAAGUAAACAUUAACAAGAUAUACAAAAACUAAGAUGAGUUUUUAGAUAGUGAUUAGUCUUCUUUAAAUACAACUAAGAACUCAGACUACGAGGAGGAGCAAAAACAAAAAGAAGCUCAGAAAAAAUUAGUAAUUUAAAAGCCCAGCUAAAUGAGAGUAGUAGAUUAUGACUAUGAUAAUGAAAAUAAUGAUUUAAGAAGUGAUGAUAAUUAUGAUGAAUACAGAGUAAACAGUGAUGAAGAUUAUGAGUAUCAAGAUAAUAGAAAAAAGAAUUAAAAAGAGGUAGUGGUUGAGGAAGUUAAAAAGCCAGAGAAAAGAAAGCCAAAGAUCGCUUAGAUACUAGAUUUUACAAGUAAAAAGAAAACUGAAGAUGAAUAUAAUGUGGAAAAUUAGGACUAAGAAAAGUUUGGAUCAAACAUAGAAGGGAUAGAACUAACCAAGGAAGAGGAUUCGUCUGAAGAAGAGACAGAAGAUGGAAGGGUAGCUAAAAAGAAGGUCAAACCUCCAGUCAAUGCAGCCUCAUUAGUGGGUAUAGAUUAGAAAAAAUUAAAAAUCCUUAAAAUAAGACAAACUAAAGGUGAUAUCAUCAGAGCAAGUAUCAACUCAAAGCCUCAAAAUGACGAAGUUCUUGAUAACAUAUUUACUAUUUAGGAUUAACCUGAUACUUUAACUAUGAGUUUAUAUAAUAGGCCUGUGACAACUAAAUAAAAUCUCACUGGCCUUCAUCCAACUGAAAAAAUAAAUAGUGUAUUUUCAACAAAAAAUAGAAAACUUAUUAAUGAGUAUACUCAGCCAGAGGAUUUAUUCGCAUUGAAUGAUAAACAGAGUAAUAAUUUCACUGAUUUCAGACCUAAAACUGUUGGAUAUUCUACCAGACCCUAAAGAUUGUCAAUUGGUUAAAAUAAAGUAGUGCUGGAAGACAGAAACUCUCAUAUUGGAGGCUGUUUACUUGAGUAGCUUCAAGAGAUCAAAGCGAUUUCUCAGUAUUUAUCAAGACAGUCUUCGAUUGGAAAACUAAACCUGAAGACAGAGAGUGAUAAGAACCUGUCUAGCAAAAAUAUAGUGAAUUAAAGAACAAAUCGAAUGGCUGUAUCAUUAAAUACUCUUAAGAAGGCUAUUCUAUUACCUAGUGAUACAGACACAUCCAUAAAGCAAAGAGAAAUUAAUCCUAUGACUAUUGGACUUAUGGUCAAUCCAUUUUAAAAAGCAGCAAAAGGGAAAAAAGCUAAAAAGAAGAAGGCAUGA